CACUCCACUGGUGCCACUGCCUUGCAUCGUAACAGCGUGCUGCCGACCCCAAGACAAGGAAAGGAAGAGAAGUGCCACAGCCUCUGCCUGUUUGCCUGUGGACAACCUGAGGACCCCUCCCCUUAACCCCCUGAACGAAAUGCAUCUCCUCUUUGCCUUGCCGCUGCUGCUGCUGCUCCUCCACUCGCUCUUCAGCUCCUGGGCCUUGGCAGUCCGACCCAGCUCUGGCCACGUCCCCCAGAAGGCCUGUCCUUCCUGUGCAGACCCCCCUGGUUCCAGCCGGGCCCCCCGGGAGCAGGCAGGUGAGGACAGCACAGUGGCGCUGGCAGCAGACGAGCCAUGCGGGGUGUACACCCUGAGCUGCGCCCGAGGGCUCCGCUGUGUGCCGCCACCCCGCGAGGGCAGCCCGCUGCAGGCGCUCCUGCAGGGCCGCGGUGUGUGUGCCCGCGGGGCACCCACCGGCUCCACCAAGAGGCCCCUCCCCACAGCUUUGGACCCCUCAUACAACAGCGACCUGGAAAAGGCCCCCUGUCGUAAACUGCAGAAUACUAUCCUGCAGGGUCUUGAGCUCACUGUCUUCCAGUCCAGCCAUGACAUCUACAUCCCCAAUUGUGACACUCGUGGUUUCUACAUGAAGAAGCAGUGUCAAUCAUCCAGACGCAUGCAACGCGGCCACUGCUGGUGCGUUAGUGAGGACGGGACACCACUGCCAUCACGCAUUGCUGAGGAUGGCACUGUGCACUGCAACUGAGAGGUGGGGAGCUGGAGGGGCAGAGCUGAGGGGCGGCAGGCUUACCGGACACCAUCCAACCCACAGGUGUGACCCCUCCACCCCACUCCCCCACAGCAAGAGCCAUGGAGGCCCACUGCAACAUGCUCCAAGCAGGGGGGAUGCACCCGAAAUGGCCAUGAAAUCCUCUAGUAAGGUUCCCAUCAUUCCUAAUGACGGCGCAGGGCACACGAGUGAUCAAAGCACUUUUUAAUGAGUAAAAUCAUUUUACUGUCUAUCUUAAUUCUGAAUUUGAUAAAAGCACAAACUGCCUUUCAUGGUUAAGGCAGCCAGCACACUAGCUAGCUAUGGGUCUUUUACCUAAACAUUGUGCAGGGGAUCUAGCAACUUGCCAUGGUCAUCAGACUGAUGAGACACCCACACUGUGUACAAACUUGUUAUAUAAAUUAUUGGUAAAAAAAAAGAAAAACAACCGGCUUGGUAACUGCCUUGAUUGUGUUUAUCGCAGCCCCUUUAGAGUUAAAUCAACCACAUUUCUGUUGUGCACUAGAAUUUCCCCAAAAUAAUCUGGAAAAUCCCCUGGAAUUUGACCAAAGCUUUUUAAAUCACUUUCACCAGAAAAGGUGGCAUGACUAUCGCUAGUUAUUUAAGUCAUUUGCACUCUGCAUCCAGUUUGAAGUCUCAUCUAAAAAUACCGUGUCAGGUCAAA